UCAGCCGUUCGAAUGCAGCCGGGCUAGCCAGCAGCACACCCACGGCAUUCAGAGGAAGAUGCCCCGUGUUUUAACUUUUUAACCAUUUCCCCCCUCAGCGCUUUUAAGCCUGAGGAUACUGUUAUGGUUUCGGAGAAUGGAAACGGACGACGUGUCGGUUAGAGAGCAACUUUUCCACAACCGUGUCCGGGAGACCAUAAUCUGUGUACUCCUGUUUACAUGCCUUUACAUAGUGUCCUACCUCAUACUUACCCACUUCAAGAAGACUGCCGAGUUUGUCACAGAUGAUAUUGAAGAUGCCACUGUCAACAAAAUUGCGCUGUGGUUGUGUACGUUCACUCUGUCUGUUGCAGUGUGUGCUGUGCUCCUUCUCCCAAUAUCCAUUCUGUCCAACGAGGUGCUGCUCACCUUCCCACAGAGCUACUACAUGCAGUGGCUCAAUGGAUCUCUUAUCCACGGCUUGUGGAACCUAGUUUUUCUUUUCUCCAAUUUGUCCCUGGUCUUCCUCAUGCCCUUCGCCUACUUCUUCACGGAGUCUGAGGGAUUUGCAGGGUCUAAAAAGGGGGUUAUGGCACGGGUGUACGAAGCAGUAGUGCUGCUGUUGCUGCUGGCUCUGCUUGUGCUGGGCAUUGUGUGGGUGGCAUCAGCCCUCCUCCACGACAACAUAGCCAGGAAGAGCCUCUACGACCUGUGGGAGUAUUACCUUCCCUACCUGUACUCAGGAAUCUCUCUGUUUGGAGUAUUGCUGCUUUUGUUGUGCACUCCCUUUGGGUUGUCCCGAAUGUUCAGUGUAACUGGCAGCCUAUUGGUCAAACCACGGCUGUUGGAGGAUGUAGAGGACACUUUGAGCUGCACCAGUUUUGAGGAAGACUCGCUCUCCAGGAAACUGAACUGUGGCAAUACAUCAUGCUGGGUCAAGCUGAACAUGGAGGCGAUGAAAAAGGAGUACCAAACAGUUCGGAGCAAGCGCAUCGCCCUGGAAAUGCGUAGGAAAGCGUCCCCAUGGCAGCGAAACCUGGGCUAUCCACUGGCUAUGCUUGUGCUCCUCGCAUUGACGGUGAUGUGUGUCCUCAUGGUCUGUUUCAAUGUGCUGGAGUUGCUCCUGGAUGAGACGGCUAUGCCCAGAGGAAUGGAGGACCCUCACCUGGGGAUGGCCUCCUUUUCCAUGUUCGGCUCACUGGGCGCCGCAGUUCAAGUAGUCCUUAUCCUCUAUCUGAUGGUGUCGUCAGUGGUGGGCUUCUACAGUUCUCCUCUCUUCACUGGCCUCCUGCCUCGUGCACAGGACACCAACCUCACUCAGAUCAUUGCAAACUGCGUGUCACUGCUUAUCCUGAGCUCAGCGCUGCCAGUCUUUUCACGCACACUUGGGAUCACCCGCUUCGAUCUACUGGGAGACUUUGGUCGGUAUAACUGGCUUGGGAACUUCUACAUCGUGUUCCUGUACAAUAUGCUGUUUGCUGGUCUCACUUCUGCCUCCCUGAUCAAGACAGUCACCUGGGCAGUACAGAGAGAGCUCAUCCGUGCCUUUGGUCUUCACCGGCUGCCUUUAACUGUGUCGCGCUCCACCGUCCCCUUCAGACUCCUCCUGGCCAGUGGACUGUCUAAAAUCCAGUGACUUUUCCACCUCAUCACUGCCUUUCCUAACCAUUUAGAAACUGAGCCACUUCAAAUGUUUACCAGUUGGAUUAAAGGCAUAGGCAAUCAGUCCCUUUGCCAGUUGGUACAUGGGUCGGAUCGCCCUGUGUGAAGAGACUGGAGAAGACGAUGAGUCAGUCUGCACUGUGUCCAGUGGGAGCUCUGCUUAAAGAUGUGUUUAAUGACCAAUAUAUCAGAGUCCAAAUUUGUGCAGUUAUUUGACUGCAAGGACAAGUACUGGUACAAGCGGUUAAGUUACAGCUGGAUCGAGGGGAAAGGGGGUUUAAGUCAUGUUGGCAGUCCUGCCAUAAUGGACAAAAAAACGGAGCAGUCCCCCCACAAAACUUGAUGCCUAAUGAAAAGAGGAUCCGGUGGAGAGCCGUUGCUCUGUUGACACAUGUGAAAGUCAGCAGAGUUAUUUUGAAAUAUCACAUUGUAACUGUGACAUAAUUUCCUCUUCCUGCUCCAGGUCGAUUGAGUGCUCUCUCUUUCUCCCUGGCUUCCCCACACUUUUCCUCUCUUAGGUUGUAUCACUAUUUUAAGAUUGGGAAUCUUACUUCCAUGUGUUCAGUGGGCCAGUCUGCACUAGUGUUAUGUUAAUUAAUGAGAGGAAGUUGGUAUUGGGAGCAAAGAGGACGCAGAGUACCUUGUCUGUAUGGAUGCUCAGGUUACUCAAAUAUGAGAGUGAGGUAAUAGUCUCAGUGUUGGAGCUCUUUUACAAACUCAGUUUAGUAGAAUUAAGAGCAUUUUCUGUGGAGAUUUAUCAUUGAGCAGGGUUUUUGCUUUUGUAGAGGACAUUAAGCUUACUGAGGCAGGAUUGUUCAUUGAUUUUAAAAAGUAGACCUAAAAAGAAAGCUUUACACUUUGUCUUAUGCAAGGCUUUUGAAUGCCAUGUGACACUCAUUUGGAGGAACUUCUGCCUUUGACCAAUCAAACUGUGAAUUAUUAAGAAUUUUUGUGGGGAAGUGCAAUAUUUUGUGAGCAAAAGCACACUUUUUAACUGUGCCAAAAGUCACUUCUAAAUUUUCUGUAUGCUUUUAAUUUUCUGUGAAACCCCCCCAUCUCAUUCCUCGUUGUUGGGUUGAAUUGUUCAAAUAGUUUUGGAAUGUUUUCAAAAAGCAGAUGUGACUAUCAAUCCUUUCUGAUGUUUUAUAUUUUAGUGAUCUACUUAAAUUCUGUCAUAUUUAUCGGCCGUAUCUCAUCAUCCUCAUUGCGUUGGUGAUCCUGUGUCACCGUUUGCCUUUGCUGCUGUAUCAGCAGGUUAUUAGCUGUUGGUUUGACCAGCAGGGGACAGUGUCUUGCAAACACCAGCCUCUGUAUUGUGUGAGUCUCUCUCUCUCUAUCACACAUUAGUUGUUUUAUGUAUUGUAUACAGAGCACUCUUAUGUUUUACUCAUUUCACUGUUUACGGGAAUUUUCCUUUGGUUUUUGGGAACACAAAUUUUGUAAUUUACUGUUUUUUAUUAUUAUUUAUGGGCAUUUUGGGAUCUAUACUUCACAUGUUGAGUCAUUACUAUUAGGACUUUUAACAGUUUAAAAUGUUGAAUGUGCAGUUGAGGCAAAAAAAAAGAUCUUUAGAGUUGCUCUCAAAGAUAAAAAACAGCAGGUUUAUUGUUUGUCUUUGAAAUGCUCUGAUGUUUCAGGUUUUUAACCAUCAUUGUAUUGAGGAAAGGAAUAAAAAUCCAGGGU